CUUUUCCCCACGCAGUACAACAUCCUCGGCCACUCGGGAGACGGAUUCAACAUCGCCCUGGUUCCCAACGACAACGUGCCAAAGGACAAUAAGCAAAGACUAGAGAUUCUAAAGGUCAUGCACGCCCACUCUCAGUUCUGCAUGAGCGGAGAUCACACCCUGGAAGGAACCGAGCACGCCAUUCGGGAGAUCGGCAAAGACGACGCCGACGAAUAUUUCGUCAUCGUCUUAAGCGACGCCAACCUGGAGCGGUACGGCAUUCCGCCCGCAAGGUUCGCGCAGGCCUUGACGAUCGACCCCAAAGUCAACGCUUUCGCCAUAUUCAUUGGCUCCUUGGGGGAUCAAGCCGACAGGUGUACAGGUGUUAAAUGUGGAACUAGGAACUAG